AUGUUCUGCAUUGGUGGCGGUAUCCUUUUGGCUAUGCUUGUGCUGAUGGCUGCUGUCAUCUGUCUUUACUACAAAGUAGCCAACGCAUUGAAAGUUCCAAAGGUACCUAUUUGUUCGGCCUUAAAAAAUAAUCCAGCCAUGGUCACCCAGGACAAGGUCGCUGCGGCCAUCACCACUGGGCCUUAUCCCAACCUCCAAUGCUGUGAUGAAUGUAACUUGUAUGCUGGCUUUGAUGCCCUGCCACCAUGCUUCUGUGAUGCAAACGAGGGACUCUGACUUGGGUUUCCUGUAAUGCUUUGAAGAUCUGGGAAACAGACUAAGUGCCUGGUAGCUCACAGAGCAGUCCUGAGGGGUUGUUGUGAUUGUCGUUCAGGCUCUCAUUUGCAAGCUUAACCCAAACUCAACAAAGCCAAGGCCCAAUUUGUUCCCUUUGAAACAGACAAAUAAAGCUUGUUUUGAGUAAAUGACAUCUGAUUCAACUGACCAAUUAUUGUAGUUUAAAAAAAAAAACAGAAAAAAAAACAGCGACUUUCUGACAGACCCUUAGUUUAUUCUUCACAAGACCCUUGGCAAGAUCUGAAAAUAAAUUCUCACACCAU